UAGAGAGAGGGGGAGGCGGAGGGGAGGAAGGAGAGAUAGAGAGAAGACUGUAAUGUUUCAGUCCCCUAUAUAUUCUCCUAAACACACGUUUGUCUGAGACUCCAUUCGUCUCUUUUCUGCAACUACUUUGUCUUCUCUGCUUUUGCCCCUCUUUAUCUUUUACUCCAAUUCUUACAUUGCAAGCAUGGAUCCUUGGCCUCUAGCCAUCAUUCUUUAGCUCUGGACUAUUGUUGUGGCUUCCACAUUGUUCGCUUUGUUCCUCCAUCUCUUUCUUUCUCCUCCCUCCAUCCCUUUCUUUCUCUCUGUGGAGCUUUCCCUUUCAUGUACAGGGUGUGAUUUUAGGGCAUCAAUGGCGGCUUCUUCCUCUCGUGGGCGGAGCAGCUCGCCUUACAAUUACAGGAAGCCCUCGUUUUCUCAAUCUUACUCUUCUUCUUCCUCGUCUUCCUCUCUCUUCAACGGAAGACACGUUCCUCGCUCUUAUUCUUCCUCAGCUUCUUCACACAUUUACAAUGGCAGUGUUCCUAGAUCCAUGACCCCUAGUAAGGCUCGAUUUGAUGUACCUGGUACAAUGAGCUUGCAGUUUCAUCAAAGGAGCAACUAUUCACCCGAUCUCGCUGCUUCUGAUCCUUUGAUUGGAGAUUCAUUGGAGUCUCAGGGACCUGGAGAGAGCAUCUCAGUCACAGUUCGAUUCAGGCCUCUAAAUGAGCGAGAGUAUCAGCAUGGGGAUGAGAUUGCUUGGUACGCAGAUGGUGAUAAAUUAGUGAGGAAUGAGUAUAAUCCAGCGACUGUAUAUGCAUUUGAUAGAGUGUUUGGACCGUCCACAACGUCACAAGUAGUGUAUGACGUCGCUGCACGACAUGUAGUCAAGGGUGCUAUGGAGGGUGUGAAUGGGACAGUAUUUGCCUAUGGUGUUACAAGUAGUGGAAAGACCCAUACCAUGCAUGGAGAUCAAUUUUCCCCUGGUGUAAUACCUCUGGCUAUUAAAGAUGUGUUCAGCAUCAUCCAAGAUACACCAGGGAGAGAGUUCUUGCUUCGUGUAUCGUAUCUUGAAAUAUAUAACGAGGUUAUAAAUGACUUGCUUGAUCCUACAGGACAAAACUUGCGGGUUAGAGAAGAUGCCCAGGGCACUUAUGUCGAGGGUAUUAAGGAGGAAGUUGUCUUAUCUCCUGGACAUGCGCUCUCUUUCAUUGCUGCUGGUGAAGAGCAUCGUCAUGUUGGCUCGAACAACUUUAACUUGUUGAGCAGCCGGAGCCACACUAUCUUUACUCUGAUGAUUGAAAGUAGUGCCCAUGGGGAUGACUAUGAUGGAGUGAUCUUAUCUCAACUUAAUUUGAUUGAUUUAGCUGGAUCUGAGAGCUCAAAGACUGAGACGACGGGAUUGAGAAGGAAAGAAGGCUCUUACAUCAACAAGAGUCUGUUAACUCUUGGCACGGUAAUAGGAAAGCUGAGUGAUGGGAAAGCAUCUCACAUACCUUAUCGUGAUUCAAAGCUUACUCGUCUUCUCCAGUCCUCUUUGAGUGGUCAUGGCCAUGUUUCGCUUAUUUGCACAGUAACCCCAGCUUCCAGUAACAUGGAGGAAACUCACAACACCCUAAAGUUUGCAAGUAGGGCGAAGAGGGUUGAAAUUCGUGCUGCAAGAAAUCGGAUAAUUGAUGAGAAAUCAUUAAUUAAGAAGUAUCAAAAGGAAAUUUCUAACUUGAAGCAGGAACUUGAUCAAUUAAAGAAGGGAAUGCUUGUCGGCAUAAAUGAAGAGGAGAUCCUGACCUUGAGGCAAAAGUUGGAAGAAGGUCAAGUGAAAAUGCAAUCAAGAUUAGAGGAGGAGGAGGAGGCCAAGGCAGCCCUUAUGAGCAGAAUUCAGAGGUUAACAAAGCUGAUUCUUGUUUCAACAAAGAACACCAUUCCAGGGAGCUUGAAUGAUGGAUCUGGUCAUCAUCGUCGACAUUCUUUUGGCGAGGAUGAUAAACUGGAUAAAUUACAUGAGACCUCUUCUGUUCUACUUGAAAGUGAGAAUCCUCAAAAGGACUCUCCAUCAUCUGCUUUGUCAAUCACAUCAGAACAAUCCUGUGACACUAUAAGAAGAUCAUUCAGCAAGAGGAAUGAUGAGCAAUCCCCUAUCAUUAGUUCAAUUACUGAAUCAAGCCAAGCAGGGGACCUUUUCAGUGGUACAGUUCACGGCUGCAGGACUCCGCCAAGUGGAAUGACUAUGGCCGAUGAGAUGGAUCUACUUGUGGAACAGGUUAAGAUGCUUGCUGGUGAGGUUGCAUUCAGCAGUAGCACCCUGAAACGUCUAAAGGAGCAGUCUCUGCAUGGUCCUGAUGGCGAUCAGAGUCAAAAAUCCCAGAUUCAGAAGUUGGAAACUGAAAUCCAAGAAAAGCAACAACAAAUGAGGAUUCUAGAAAAACGCAUCAGAGAGAGUGGGGAAGCUUCUUUGGCCAAUGCAUCAUCAGUAGAUAUGCAGCAGACUGUCAUGAGGCUGAUGACACAGUGUAAUGAGAAAGCUUUUGAAUUGGAGUUAAAAUCAGCAGACAAUCGAAUCCUUCAGGAACAACUAAAUGAGAAGAUUUUACAAAACAAUGAUUUGCAGGAGAAAAAUCUCCUUCUGCAGCAGCAACUUGCAUCCAUGCUAGCUAAAUUGAACUGCCACACCCCUGUGUCUUUAUCUUCUGAACUUGGUGUCUCUGGAGCGGAUGUUGAUGAGUUGAAAAAGCAAAUCCUUUUUCAGGGUGCUGAAGUUGAUAAAGUGAAGAUGCAAAACGGUCAGCUAUUAGAUGAGAAUAACAAUUUACACGUUCAGAAUCAAAAGUUAGCAGAUGAUGCUUCGUAUGCAAAAGAAUUGGCAUCUGCUGCUGCUGUUGAGCUAAAGAACUUGGCAGAUGAAGUCACCAAGCUAUCCCUCCAAAACGAAAAGCAGGCGAAAGAACUAUCGGCUGCUCAAGAGAUCUCAUACUCAAGAGGUGUUCAUAAGCAGAGUGGUAAUGGUGGUAUACGGAGGUAUUCUGAAGCCAAGGCAGAUGGGAAUAAAAUGGGGAGAAAAUGUCGGCCCAAUAGUAGGUCCAGUGAGAACCCUGGUUCUAUUUAUGAUGAUGUGAAUUUCUGGAAUCUUGAUCCAGAGGAUUUAAAAAGGGAGUUGCUUGCAAGAAAACAGAGAGAAGCUGUUCUUGAGGCUGCUUUGGCUGAGAAAGAGCUUGUUGAAGAAGAAUACCAGAAGAAGCUUGAUGAUGCUAAGAAGAGAGAGGCAGACCUGGAAAAUGAUUUGGCAGGCAUGUGGGUACUUGUUGCUAAAUUGAAAAAGGAGGGAGGGCUCCGGUCGAAACCAAAUGCAGGUGAAAGGGUUGGCCACAAUCUGGAGAAUGGGUGUUUGAUUGAAAGACAUUCUGAUGAUAAUCAGGACCUUUUGCCAAAAAGUACACAUCCAUCAGAAGAUGUGAUCAAGCCUAUUCUAGAUGAACGGAAUCGUGGGGCUGAGCUAGAAAAUAUGGUUGUUCAAUUGAAGACCAGGAUGGUAGAGAAAACGAAGGAGAAUGGGCCUGAAUCCAUCGUGCAUGGGGAUGAAGAAGUAACUUCCCAUGUUUGUAAAGUCUGCUUCGAAACUGCAAUUGCUGCAGUGCUUCUCCCCUGUCGACAUUUUUGUUUAUGUAAGCCAUGUUCACUGGCUUGUUCCGAAUGCCCUCUUUGUCGCACAAAGAUUGCAGAUAGGAUAAUUGCCUUCACUUCAUAGUAUUUAGUGAAGUCCUUAGAAUAAUAAGGAAUCGAAUUCAGAAGUCCACCCAUUUUUUAAUUUCAUGUAAUAUUAUACCUGCAAUUCUUUUAUCAAUCCAAAUGUAAGUAUUCUUAGGGUUGUAUAGUGAUACUGUUGCAUCUGUCUUCCGAGGGCUGUAAAAUGAGCUGUUUAUUUUUUUCUGUCCUUGCAAGCUGAUGUUUCAUGUUCGGGUACAAAGAAAAAUGUUCCAGGCAAUUUGUAUUGUAUAUGAGUAAGAGAUGUCUGACGCUGUGUUGUUUUGUAUUUCUUCUACAAUACCAGCUUUUAUGAGCUCCCUUUGCUCUGCGGUUGCUCAUUUAACAAUCUUUGAAGGCAAUGUUCAACUGUA